CACAAGUUUAUGUAGCCGCCAGGCGAAGUUCAUCUAGUUACCCAACAGCUGCCUAUAACAUUAAAUAUUUCACACAGAUAGUAUUUGGACACCGCUUCUUAAUCUUGAGAACGACUUGACAUCCAUGUCGAUUUUAAUUUUUUGAAGGGGAACUGCAGACGACGCUUUCGAUUUGACCUAGAUUUGUUUGUCUCCAGUGGGAAGCUACAGGUUAGGUAGCUAGCUAAUCCGAGGAGAUAACUAAUCCGAGUUUGCUAAUCCUUUCACACUUGUCUUUAGUGCACCGUUAAAGAGAGUCGAGGAGGAGGUGGAGAAGGAGGAGGAGGAGUGUUCUACUCCAGCGUCCGUCGAGAUAAAGACGUUAAGGUUCCGCUCUGAGCUAACACCUCUCACAGAGUUGGUAGUUGGACAUUUUUUUCCAAGGAAAUGAAAACUUAACUCGACAGAUUACCCGAAAGCAUGAAGGACAAACUUGAAGUCGAAACUGGACAAGUUUGUUGAAACCGCAAGUGUCACUUCAGCUGUAGGUGCCAGCGGCGUGCAGCUCUCCAGGGCAUGAGACCUCCGUCCAGCUCUGCACCGAGGAAGGAAGCGACACGAUGGCAGCCUGCUCAAGAAGGAAUCGACCCAAGUUACUUGUUUUCCUCUUUGGUGCCACUUUACUGGGAUGUCUGAUAUUUUUCAGACACAACUCCGGGGACGCGAGCUCGUCCAGUCGACGCGAGGCCCCUGUCGGAGGAGAAGAUGUGGAAAACGAACAGCUUAAGAAGCCCGUCUACGAGAAGCCCCCCUUGGAUUUAAAUGCCCCGGGGGAAAUGGGGAGGGCCGUCAAACUGAAUCUGAACGAAGGGGAGAAGAGGAAAGAGGAGGAAAGUCUCCAGAAGAAUCAGAUUAACAUUUAUGUCAGUGAUAAAGUGUCGCUUCAUCGCAGGCUGCCAGAGAGAUGGAACCCACUUUGCAGAGAGCUGAAAUAUGAUUACCGCUCCUUGCCAACAACCUCUGUGGUGAUCGCCUUCUACAACGAGGCCUGGUCCACCUUGCUGAGGACAGUCCAUAGCGUGCUGGAGACGUCCCCUGACAUCCUGCUGAAAGAGGUGGUGCUGGUGGACGACUACAGCGAUAGAGAUCAUCUGAAGGAGCCGCUGGAAAGGUACAUCUCAGGUUUGAGGAAGGUGCGUUUGAUCCGGGCCACCAAGAGGGAGGGUUUGGUGCGAGCCCGGUUGCUAGGGGCGUCCAUCACCACGGGAGAUGUGCUGACCUUCCUGGACUGUCACUGCGAGUGUCAUGAGGGCUGGUUAGAGCCCCUGCUCCAAAGGAUCAAAGAGGAGCCAUCGGCUGUGGUGUGUCCCGUCAUCGAUGUGAUCGACUGGAACACCUUUCAGUAUUUAGGCAACUCUGGUGAACCUCAGAUUGGGGGGUUUGAUUGGCGGUUGGUCUUCACCUGGCACACUGUCCCAGAGCACGAGCAGAAACGCCGUCGCUCCCCCACUGAUGUCAUCAGGUCUCCUACCAUGGCAGGUGGCCUGUUUGCUGUGAGCAAGAACUACUUCCAUUACCUGGGAACAUAUGACACAGGGAUGGAGGUGUGGGGAGGAGAGAACCUGGAGUUCUCCUUCAGGAUUUGGCAGUGUGGAGGCACCCUGGAGAUCCACCCAUGCUCCCAUGUGGGCCACGUGUUCCCUAAAAAGGCCCCUUACUCCCGGAGCAAAGCUCUUGCAAACAGCGUGAGAGCUGCUGAGGUCUGGAUGGAUGAGUACAAAGACAUCUACUACCAUCGGAGCCCACACGCACGACUGGAGGCCUUUGGCGACGUGACAGAGCGGAAGAGGCUUAGAGAGAAGCUGGGCUGUAAAAGCUUCAGGUGGUAUCUGGACAACGUUUACCCCGAUAUUCAUAUCCCAGAGGAUCGACCAGGCAUGUUUGGAAUGCUUAAAAACCAGGGGAAGACCAACUACUGCUUUGACUACAAUCCUAUAGAUGAACACAAAGUGGUGGGCCAAAGGGUCAUCCUAUACCCGUGUCACGGCAUGGGUCAGAACCAGUUCUUUGAAUACUCCAUGGACGGUGAGAUCCGCUACAACACGAGGGAACCUGCCGGAUGCGUUGCGGGUGACAACAUCAGCACCUACCUGACCGUCCAGCUGUGCAGAAAACGAGGCCAACUCGUACCUGCAGAUCAGAAAUUUGACCUCCGAGAGGAUGGGACUCUUUACCAUGUGAUGAGCCAGAAGUGUGUUCAGGCAGAGGACAAGACAGACAACGGGACACCAGCCCCCUCACUCCGGCCGUGCUCUGACAGCCUCCUGCAAAAGUGGUUCUUUCAGGAGAGAAUGUAACGGCAUCGACCCUGAGUAUACGAACAAAUCUAUUUUUCCGGAGCAAUAUCCCGAGGACGGAUAUUGGUGGAUUGAAUUGCUUAAUGCUGUUUGAUAUAUGUGCCUUGCCCUGAAAGGAGCCCAAAGGAGGAAGCUCGCGUGCUCCCUUCCAAACUCCACGCCUUUGCACAUUUUUCUGCCGGUUAAAUCAAUAGGAAAUUAUACUGAUAAGUACUUUCUGAAGUACUUUGUAAAUAUUUUAUAUAUAUAUAUAUAUAUAUAUAUAUAUAUAAAAUAUUUGUUUCUUGGAGGCUGUUGCUGGGAGUCAGGAGCCAACUGGAAUAUGCGCUGUUUCUGUAAUCUACUCGUUUUAUGUGCACAUGGACAAACUGUGAAACAUGUGUGCGUCCAUCUGAAAGAAAACAAAUACUUAAUACCUCUGUCAUCAUACCCGGAGCCUCUUCAUGGCUGACGUUCCGGUGAUUUUCAGAGCCACAUCAUGAGGCAUUUUUAGGACAUCUUCUCCUGUAGAGGGGGCCAACGUGCCUCUCUGCACGUUCCUUUCUUCCACUGUACUUUCUGUUUGUCAAGAGAAAGUGGGACAAAUCUUCAGGUAUUUUGUUAAGAACCUUUUCAGGACAUUUUGAGGGCUUGCUCCUCUUACGUACAGGUGGCUUAGAGAAAAGCCUUAGAUCACAGGCAUUAUUCAAGCACCGAGCAAAUCUUGAACUUAAUCACCUAACUACUGAUAACAGCAGAAACUCCGGUCUUAUUCUAUUCUGCUUUUGCUGAGGUAAUUUUGAAAUGCAAAUUUAACUGAGGUAAAAUGACGCAGGUCAUUUGCUAGCUUUUGUAGUCAUUUUUGUAAAGAGGAAAUUUAAAAAAAAAAAAAAGUUUGAUAUAGUUUAUUGGCCGAUGCAGCUUCAAAAGACUAAAUCAUAGCCAUAUUUUAUGGAUUUAAUUCAUGUGGUGUCAACAGUGUUUGUUUUAAAUGAUGUAUUUUGUAGAUGAGACUAAAUGACUGUUAUUUGCAGCAUCACUGCAGACAUAUCUCAACUUUAUUCAUAAAUAAGUGGUAAUUUAUUCACUUAAUGCAAGUGAGUGAUUUCAAUGUAUAAACACUGAAAUCGCAAGAAUAAGAUCGUCUUCUUUAUCUUAUUUGGAGCCCAUAGAAAGUGCCUGACAUUUAAAAAAAAACAACUUCUAAUUCUAUUUUAACAACCCAUCACGUUAAUAUGAUUAUGAGAAAUGCUCUUGAAUGUAGAGUUUGUCACAAGAUGAGACAUACCGAGAGCAGUAGGUAAAGUUGUGACGGAGCGUCUGCACACUUAUAGAACACAUGAACGCAUUAGAGGAGGCAUUCCCCUGAGUGAAUGCAUAUUACUCCGGUGGGUUGUACUGAUUCGUGCACACUGCCUCUGUUUCCAUCCAUCAGAAUUAGACAGCUAUAGAUCCCUCUUUUAGGAGCUGUGGUCACUUCUGUGGCUGUCCCCUCAGGCUAUGCAGAGGGAAUAAGGGAAACACGGCGGAGGAGUAGACAGUUGUUGGCAUCUCCAGAGUGCUGGGACGGCAGAUGGCUUCCUGAUUGAUUUUCUGGUCCUCUCCCAAUUCUUUAUCGCCACCUCUCCCUCUCUCUGUGUCAGAGGUUUGCAGCGGAGGACUUAUCUUUUGGACUCACGCCAGCCAGGUCCUCCUCAGAUGAGCGCUUGUAUACGCGCGCGCUUGAGGUUUGAUUUAUGAACGGAAGUCAUCAAGAGUACAGUUUUUGACAGCAGGAGCAGAUAAUGGAGGAGGCAGAAUGAAGCAAUUUGUGACCUCUUCCUUACCAUUAACCUUCACAGGCUUUUGGCCCAUCAGUCUCAAAGGAGCUCUGUUAGGAACUGAUGUCAUGGGAUGAUCGUACUAAAAUAGAUUUUUGCUAUUGAUUCAGAAAGUAUACUCACAAUAAGAUAAAUGGGAGAUGGAAAAAGACGAUUUUUUUUCCCACUACCACAGCUGGGACUAGAGUAGAAUCUGAAGCCCUUCCUUUGCCAAAUAUAAUGAACGUACAGUAAUGUGUAACGGUGACGUUGCAGGAACGUGGUAACAUCUGUGUGUAUGAGCUCACUAAGUACAAGCCUAAAGGGACAGUGCAAGAUGUGCAUUACUUACCACGCUGAACAUACAAUUGCAAUUUUAUUAUGGUGAACAGAGCAGUGUAAAAGAGUAUCAUCAGAUAGCUGCGCUGAGAAGGAUGAAGGCAUUAAAUAAAUCCCCCAACAUAUUGGAACAUGGAGUAAUUCCAUGGGUUAAAGUUCCCAGUGUUCUAUAAAGGCUUUUGCUGGCAUUAUGAGUGGCACGUAAAUGUGGAGACAAUGCUUGGCAAUAAAUGAAAUGGACCAAAUGACCAGUAGGAAGGGAAGGGAGGGGCAUUCAUCUCAGGGCAAGACUAAAGAGGGCUGGUUGUAUAUGGUUGACAGCGCUCGAUCUUGGUCACCACAUGGUCGAGAAAGUCAUAACUGGUUGUUUGAAACAGAUUCCGAGCUGCAGGCAGGGUCCCUGACCGUCCUGCACACUCUCGAUGGCUGAGCCUUCCGUGAUUUAAGACUUAAGAAAAGCUGCUUCAGAGAGUAUUAUCCAGUUUCCCCAGGAACAGGUGAAACUGCUCUUUUAAUACAGUGCUCAUGCUUUAUGCAUUAAACACUUAAGUAGCGACGACUUUUCCUUUUUCUCUUCAGUUUGUAUCUUUAGUCUGCGAGUGCAGCAGAAUUCUGUUAUUAAAAAGUGUUAUUUAUUUUUCCAUGUGGCCAUCUGUUACUCCAGACAUGUCCUACGUACGCAGGCGUUAUAUUGUAUGCUAAUUUGAUAUUGUACAUGGAGGUGCAAUGAAGUUGGUACUGGCCAGUUGCAGAUUAUAUCUCUCUGGCAGGUCAGAUAGGGCUUUUAUAUGAACACAACCUUUGUCGUAAACAGUGGUGAUAUUCUGAGGAUGUGUCGGAGCAUUUGUAAACCUUUUUAAAGUGGCUGAUUGUACUGUCACCCAACGCUAAUGGACCAAGCAGUGCAUAUCUUCUCUGUUUAUAAUGGCAAACAAUUCCCAGUGGAGACAUUUCAAUUAUUUAAGUGGUAAACAUGCACAAAUAAUAAUGCUGGAAUUCACUGUGUCUGGGGUAUUAAUGAUGUAACUGCAGUGGCCUUACGUUGUUAUUAGAAAAGCGAAGGAUGUAAUUAACAUCCAUGUAAUAUUAUUUUUGUAUUUGUUUGAUCCAAUAAAUGGAUCAAAUCUGA